UAACACAUUAAUCAAAUAAUAUUUCUUAUGUAAUAAGAUAUCAUAAGAGAAAAAAACUAAUUAAAUAUUUUCCAAAGUCUUAAGAAAAAUAUAUGAAUUCUAACAAAAGAGCACAAAUCUAACCAUUUUUUUUCUUUUUUUGAAUAAGGACAACUCCAAAAUAAAUGAAAAAAUGUUUCUGCAUGUUGACCACAAAAGGUAAAAAACAAAAAGUUUCGAAUAUGCCUACCUGCAAUACUGCAAUAUUCCCACAAGGAAACGUGCGUACGUCAAGUCGGAACCUGACGUGGAGGUAAGUACUUUUCCACGUCAGAGACAAGUUUUAUAAAUCUGAGCGUUUGAGUGGAUUUGAGCGUACGCACGGUCUUAGAUCAAAUCUGUGCAUAAAAACGCUUUAUAAAUGAGGCCCCAGGUCUUCCACAUCAUCCGCCACCAGCUGAGCUUCCAGUUCACUGGAAAGAUCAUCUUCCACCUUUCCAGCAUGAGUGGAUACGGAACACACUAUUUAAGGCCAACCCGUGAUCUGGCAAGCCAGAACUAGUGUCCCAACUGAAGCUUUGGUGGUAUCCUCCUCAGGUCCCUUUAAUCACACUCAGCCGCCCGCCUCACCUGACCUCUUCUUUUGUCUGCCCCUUUUCUUAUGGAUGCCGCUCAAGAUGUGGCUAUUUCCUCUUGUCUGUGUUCGACCAGACUGUGGUAAGCACAAACUUACAGCCGCAGGACUUUACCGUACCGUGCGCAAAGUCUUGGACAUCGACAGUUGGUAUGAUCUUGCCACUGAGUAUCUGGAGUGUAAAAAGAAAUAUCCCGCCUGGUCCGAGGACAUUUUAGGGCAACUGGAUAUGGGCCACCGCAGUCAAUUUCCAGCUUUGCUGACAUACAGGUAAUUCAUAAUGACAAUCAUUCAUUAUAAGGCACUUUAAUUUGUGAUUUUUUUAACCAACCAAAGCAUUUGCAUGACUAUACUGUUGUUUUUUAGAUACUCAUGUGACAACCGGGUGCUGAGGAUGAUGAGGGAGAGGACACAGGGCAACAGCGUGACUCAGCUGUACAAGAAGCUCAUGGAAAAACACAGUGAGGCAUGGACACAACGUGUCCUUCAGUACCUCACUGCCUGUGAACCAUUUACAAGGUCCUCCCUUGUGCAGCCACCUGUGUUUGCCGAGCCUACCUCUUUACCUGCCCUACCUAAACCUAAGUGGCUGUUAGCCGUGUACACCAGGGAUGUUCUGGGGUGACUGCAUGAGGUCAAAGCCAAAAUUACAUCUGUCUUGGGCUGUGUUCUGAAGAUGGACUCCACAAAGAAGGUCACAAAGAAACUUGCCGGUGCUGCUGCAGGAACAGCUGCCUGGUGCACAAAUGUGGGAAACGAACACGGCCAAGUCCUUGUCUCUGUGCUGACAGCCGCAGAGGGACAUGGACUGCACCAUAUGGCAGCUGGCCUAAUGAAAUGCUACCAGGUGGCAGGAGAGGCAGCCCCGAAAGUGAUGUACGUGGACAGAGAUUGCUGCAGUCUUCAUGGCAAGUCUCAGGUGAAGGUCAUGUUUUUGGAGUGGGAUGAGCUUGAAGUGCGCCUUGACAUCUGGCAUUUCAUGCGGCGAUUUGCUGCAGGUGUCACAACAGAGGCUCAUCCGCUCUACGGGACCUUCAUGGCAUGUCUGUCCAUGUGCAUCUUUGAGUGGGAUCCAGAUGAUGUGGCUGCUCUUCACCGUGCAAAGGAGGGUGAGCUGGCAGCAAAGAAGGCUGGCCACAUCUCAGGAAAGGCGCUGAGUGCCGGCAUUACCUGGAGAGAGUUGGCAAUGCACUGCCGGAGGAGGACCAGGGGUGUGGAGGAGACCACCAGAUUGAUUGGAUCUCUGGUUGAUCUGUUUGACAGUGCGAGUGGUAAAGACACUCUGGGAGUUCCUCUGCUGGACCAUGAACGGAUCCAGCAGAUAUUGAAAGAACAGCGAAAGCACGUACAGUGUAUCCAAGACCCACGCCUGUUUCACACAUACUCCGUAUGCAGAACCAGUGCCAGUGAUGCACAUUUUCAGGCCUAUCUUCUUGAGGGCUUGAUGCGCUGGAAUGAUGACAGGAUGGAAGAUGCCAUAAAAGGAGCAUCCUCCAUCCGGACAUAUGGCAGUGCCAUGAAAGAGGCUGUGGACAAGCUUUCCCGAACUGUCUUCGGAAAGCCCUGGGAUGAGCGCUAUCGCCCUCCUGGAGCAUAUACAGGUGAAUUGCUGGGAAUGGAGUACCUUUACAGCCAGACUGGCAAAACACUUACUCCAGUGCUCCAGAACCCAGAGGAGGAAGACAGGCUGGUGGAGGAAGUUGAUGAUCAGGACCUGCAAGAUGAGGGGUUUGAGGAAGAGAUCAUGGAGGACACCACAGUUCCAGUGCUGUAUGAUGAUGACCCUUGCCGUGAUCUUGAAAACAGCCCCUCAUCUUUGCCUCUGCAUCAGUCCCCAGCAUCGAUGGCUGAUGUGUCACUGGCUGAGCCGUCCACAUCAUCAUCUCCUGGUGGAGAACGACAGCAUCUUGCCCCUGCCCCUUCAGUGCUGUCACAGCCAUCUGACACUGGAAGCAGUAUUUCCGACGAGGCUCAGGGAGCAGUCAUUGGACCCGAUGGCAUCGCUGGGUGGGACAAGGUCCAGGAUUUGGCUGGUUUCCUGGUGGGUCUUCGUGAGGCUCCUUACCUUACUGACCAGCAGGUGACAGAGGCUAUCCAGCUGUGGACAGCUCUCCUAGAUUUCCACAAACAGCGGAUCAACUAUCAGCCUCGACAUCAGCCUCAGCUGACACAUGGGCGCUAUAAGGCACUGAAGCGGUCUGGAGUCACACCCGGUGUGGAGAGUGUGAAACGGUGUCUGAUUGGACAUCCUGGGGGUCCAGCGCAGUGGCCCGACGCCAACCGCUUGGUUGAUACCAUUUGUAUGAAGCUGUGUGCUUUACACAAGUCGCCAACCAAGAAAGAUGGAGUUUGCACCCCCAGGUGGUCUAAAGUUCUUUCAGAUUACCACCACAUCCGAGAGUUGGUUCUUAACAAUCCCACGCUGAUGGAUGAAACAACGAUAUAGCUUUUGAGAUAAACCAUAGGACACUCACUCAGUGGUAAGCAAGGCACAUUAUUCGCUUCAAAUUAACUGAAUACUUACAUACAUAUAUAUAAUAAAAAAAAAAAAUCAGG